GGGAAGAGUGGCCACUCCGACCUGGAUUUACCGUUCUGGGCCCCCCGUGGCCCCCCCGAGAGGGGGGCGGCUGUGAUCGCUCCGGCGGUCGGAGGUCGGGGAGCGGCCCGGGCUCUGGCCAUGUUCUCGGAUGAGGAUUUCUGGAUCGCCCUGUGAAGAGGUCUCCCCGAGAGGGCCCUGCCCAGUCGGAGAGAGGGAUGGACAGCCAGAAGCCGCCUGGUGAGGAUAAAGAUUCAGAACCGGCAGCUGAUGGACCUGCAGCCUCUGAGGAGUCAGGCACCGCUGAGCCAGACCUUCCCAACCCACAUGUGGGGGAGGUCUCUGUUUCCAGUUCUGGGGGUCUCAGGCUUCAGGAGCCCUCCCAGGUCUGCAGUGGGGGUCCAGUGCGGCGUUGUGCUCUCUGUAACUGCGGGGAGCCCAGUCUCCAUGGGCAGCGGGAGCUUCGGUGCUUUCAGUUGCCAUUUGACUGGCCCCAGUGUCCAGUGGCAUCUCCUGGGGAGAGCCCCAGACCCAGUGAGGCAGCACUGCCCGGCGAAGACCUGUCACAGAUCGGUUUCCCUGAGGGCCUGACACCUGCCCACCUAGGAGAACCUGGAGGGUCCUGCUGGGCUCAUCAUUGGUGUGCCGCGUGGUCGGCGGGCGUCUGGGGGCAAGAGGGCUCAGAACUCUGUGGUGUGGACAAGGCCAUCUUCUCAGGGAUCUCACAGCGCUGCUCCCACUGCACCAGGUUCGGUGCCUCCAUCCCCUGCCGCUCGCCUGGAUGUCCACGGCUUUACCACUACCCCUGUGCGACUGCCAGCGGUUCCUUCUUAUCCAUGAAAAAACUGCAGCUCCUCUGCCCAGAGCACAGUGAAGGAGCUGCACAUUUGGAGGAGGCGCGCUGUGCGGUCUGCGAGGGGCCAGGGGAGCUGUGUGACCUGUUCUUCUGUACCAGCUGUGGGCAUCACUAUCACGGGGCCUGCCUGGACACUGCUUUGACUGCCCGGAAGCGUGCCGGCUGGCAGUGUCCUGAAUGUAAAGUGUGCCAAGCCUGCAGGAAACCUGGGAAUGACUCGAAGAUGUUGGUGUGUGAGACGUGUGACAAAGGGUUCCAUACCUUCUGCCUGAAACCGCCCAUGGAAGAACUGCCUGCUCACUCUUGGAAGUGCAAGGCCUGCCGGGUGUGCCGAGCCUGUGGGGCGGGCUCGGCAGAGCUGACUCCCAACUCUGAGUGGUUUGAGAACUACUCGCUCUGUCACCGCUGUCACAAAGCCCUGGGGGGCCAGCCUGUCAGUUCCCUGGCCGAGCAGCCUCCCCCUGCCUGUCACAGACUCGCACCCCCUGAGCCUGGCGACGCCCCCACUGAGGAGCCCAGUGCCCUGUACGUCGCAUGCCAAGAGCAGCCAAAGGGUGGGCAUGUGACCUCUAUGCAACCCACGGAACCUGGGCCCCUGCAAUGUGAAGCCAAACCACUAGGGAGAGCAGGGGCACAGCUGGAGCCCCAGUUGGACACCCCUCUGCACGAGGAAUUGCCCCUGCUGCCCCCACCGGAAGAGUCACCCCUCUCCCCGCCGCCCGAGGAGUCGCCCACGUCCCCGCCGCCCGAGGCCUCACGCUUGUCCCCGCCGCCCGAGGAGUCGCCCCUCUCUCCGCCGCCCGAGGAGUCGCCCCUGUCUCCCCCCCCUGAGCCGUCCUCUUUCUCCCCGCCGGAGGAGUCGCCCUUCUCUCCGCCGGAGGAGUCGCCCCCGCCCCCCAGACUCAGGGCACCCCUGUCUCCAGCACCCGGAGCUUCGCCCCUGUCCCCGCCACUUGAGGAGUCGCCCCUGUCCCCCCCGCCGGAGGAGCUGCCCACGUCCCCACCGCCCGAAGCCUCCCGCCUGUCCCCGCCGCCUGAGGAGUCGCCCCUGUCCCCCCCGCCCGAAGAGUCCCCCACGUCUCCGCCACCGGAGGCGUCGCGUUUGUUCCCGCCGUUUGAAGAGUCGCCCCUGUCCCCGCCGCCCGAGGAGUCCCCCCUCUCGCCUCCCCCCGAGGCCUCGCGCUUGUCCCCGCCGCCUGAGGACUCGCCCAUGUCCCCCCCGCCCGAAGACUCGCCCAUGUCCCCCCCGCCCGAAGUGUCCCUCCUGUCCCGGAGACCUGAGGUCGCGCGCCUGUCCCCGCCACCUGAGGAGUCUCCGCUGUCCCCGCCGCCAGAGGAGGUGCCCACGUCCCCGCCGCCCGAGGCCUCACGUUUGUCGCCGCCACCCGAGGACUUGCCUGCUUCGCCACCACCAGACGACUUGCUUGUGUCCCCACCGCGGGAGGAGUCCCCUCUGUCGCCACUGCCUGAGGAAUCACAAGUCUGUCCCUGUCCGGGGGAGCCACAUCCGUCCCCCGGACUGGAGGAGCCACGUCUGUCCCCUGUGCCUGAGAAGCCGCACCUGUCCCCUGCGCCUGAGGAACCUGGCCUCUCGCCGGGACCUGGGGAGCCACGUCUGUCCCCCGCACCGGAGGCGCCUCGCCCGUCCCCCCGGCCGGAGGAGCCGCGUCUCUCCCCUCGGCCCCAAGAGUCGCACCCGUCACCCCAGCCCGAGGAGCCGCGCCUGUCACCCCAGCCCGAGGAGUCGUGCCUGGCCCCUCGACCCGAGGAGCCCCCUGGGGCAGCAGGCCUCUGCCCGGCACCUGCAGAGUCGCCCUCGACCCUCCCGCCCGGGGAGCCGCCCUUGUCCCCCCAGCUCAGAGAGCCGGCCCUGUCCGAGCCGGGGGAGCCGCCCCUGUCCCCGCCGCCGGCAGAGCUGCCGUUGUCGCCGUCCGGGGGCCCAGCCUUGUCUCCGCAGCUGAUGCCGCCAGAUCCGCUUCCUCCACCGCUCUCCCCCAUCAUCACCGCGGUGGCCCCGCCAGCCCUGUCCCCUUUGGGGGAGUUGGAGUACCCCUUUGGUGCCAAAGGGGACAGUGAUCCCGAGUCGCCGUUGGCUGCCCCCAUCCUCGAGACCCCCAUCAGCCCUCCCCCAGAAGCUAACUGCACUGACCCCGAGCCUGUGCCCCCCAUGAUCCUGCCCCCGUCCCCGGGCUCCCCCGCGGGCCCGGCCUCUCCCAUCCUGAUGGCGCCCCUCCCUCCUUCGUGCUCGCCGCUUCCCGAGUGUCGCCCGCCUCCCCCAGACUCUCCUCCCCAGUGCUCGCCUCCUGCUCCGCCCCUGUCCGUCCCCUCUCCGCUGAGUCCCGUGAGGAAAGAGGCAGAGGGGUCCGACGAGGCUGAGGCGUCCGAGAUGGAGACUGACAAGGUCCCAGAACCUGAGUGUCCAGCCUUGGAGCCCACCCCCACCAGUCCCCUCCCCUCCCCCGUGGGGACCUUGUCCUGCCCUGCCCCCAGCCCGGCCCCAGCCCUGGCUGACUUCUCCGGACUGGGAGAGGAGGCAGCCCCGAUGGACGGCACAGACACUCCCGGCUCUCAGCCAGAGGCGGGACAGACCUCGGGCAGUUCGGGGGGUGAACUGAAGGGUUCCCCGGUGCUCCUGGACCCUGAGGAGCUGGCCCCUGCGACCCCUAUGGAGGUCUAUGGCCCAGAGUGCAAGCAGGCCGGGCAGGUUUCACCCUGCGAAGAGCAAGAGGAGCCCCGAGUGCCGGUGGCCCCCACCCCGCCCACUCUCAUCAAGUCCGACAUUGUCAACGAGAUCUCCAAUCUGAGCCAGGGUGACGCCAGUGCCAGCUUCCCUGGCUCGGAACCCCUGCUGGGCUCCCCGGACCCCGAGGGGGGUGGCUCCCUGUCCAUGGAGCUGGGGGUUUCGACAGACGUCAGUCCAGCCCGAGACGAGGGCUCCCUGCGGCUCUGCACCGACUCACUGCCAGAGACUGAUGACUCACUGUUGUGUGAGGCCGGGACAGCCAUCAGCGGAGGCAAAGCGGAGGGGGACAAGGGGAGACGGCGCAGCUCCCCGGCCCGCUCCCGCAUGAAGCAGGGUCGCAGUAGCAGUUUCCCAGGAAGGAGGCGCCCACGAGGAGGAGCACACGGAGGCCGUGGGAGAGGACGGGCCCGGCUAAAAUCGACGACUUCUUCCAUCGAGACUCUGGUAGUUGCUGAUAUCGAUAGUUCUCCCAGCAAGGAGGAAGAAGAUGAUGACGAUGACACCAUGCAGAAUACUGUGGUUCUCUUCUCCAACACAGACAAGUUUGUCCUGAUGCAGGACAUGUGUGUGGUAUGUGGCAGUUUUGGUCGUGGGGCCGAGGGCCACCUCCUUGCCUGUUCCCAGUGCUCCCAGUGCUAUCACCCUUACUGUGUCAACAGCAAGAUCACCAAGGUGAUGCUGCUGAAGGGCUGGCGCUGUGUGGAGUGCAUCGUGUGCGAGGUGUGUGGCCAGGCGUCAGACCCCUCGCGCCUGCUGCUCUGCGACGACUGUGACAUUAGCUACCACACGUACUGCCUGGACCCCCCACUGCUCACCGUGCCCAAGGGUGGCUGGAAGUGCAAGUGGUGUGUGUCUUGCAUGCAGUGUGGGGCCGCCUCCCCGGGCUUUCAUUGUGAGUGGCAGAAUAGUUACACGCACUGCGGGCCCUGCGCCAGCCUGGUGACCUGUCCCAUCUGUCAUGCCCCGUACGUGGAAGAGGACCUGCUAAUCCAGUGCCGGCACUGUGAACGGUGGAUGCAUGCUGGCUGUGAGAGCCUCUUCACAGAGGAUGAUGUCGAGCAGGCGGCUGAUGAGGGCUUCGACUGUGUCUCCUGCCAGCCUUACGUGGUCAAGCCCGCUGUGCCUGUUGCACCGCCAGAGUUGGUACCUAUGAAGGUGAAGGAGCCAGAGCCUCAGUACUUCCGCUUCGAGGGGGUGUGGCUGACGGAGACGGGCAUGGCCGUGCUGCGGAACCUGACCAUGUCGCCCCUGCACAAGCGGCGCCAGCGCCGAGGGCGGCCCGGCCUCCCGGGCGAGGUGGGGCUGGAGGGUCCUGAGCCCCCAGAUGCGCUCGGCCCUGAGGACAAGAAGGAUGGGGACCUGGACACUGACGAGCUGCUCAAAGGCGAAGGUGGCGUCGAGCACAUGGAGUGUGAGAUGAAACUGGAAGGCCCCGUAAGCCCUGACGUGGAGCCCGGCAAAGAAGAGAGCGAGGAGAGCAAAAAGCGCAAACGCAAGCCCUACCGGCCUGGCAUUGGUGGUUUCAUGGUGCGGCAGCGGAAAUCCCACACCCGCGUGAAAAAGGGGCCUGCUGCUCAGGCCGAGGUGUUGAGUGGGGAUGGGCAGCCCGACGAGGUGAUGUCCACUGACCUGCCUGCAGAGGGCUCUGUGGACCAGAGCGUAGCCGAUGGGGACGAGAAGAAAAAGCAGCAACGGCGUGGGCGCAAGAAGAGCAAGCUGGAGGACAUGUUCCCCGCUUACCUGCAGGAAGCCUUCUUUGGGAAGGAGCUGCUGGACCUGAGCCGAAAGGCCCUUUUCGCAGUCGGGGUGGGCCGGCCAAGCUUCGCACUCGGAACCUCAAAGGCCAAGGGGGAUGGAGGCUCGGAUAGGAAGGAGCUUCCCGCCUUGCAGAAAGAAGAUGGUCCUGAUGUUGCAGAUGAAGAAUCCCGCGGGCCCGAGGGCAAGGCUGAUACACCAGGACCUGAGGAUGGGGGCGUAAAAGCAUCCCCAGUGCCCAGUGACCCCGAGAAGCCAGGCACCCCAGGUGAAGGGAUGCUUAGCUCUGACUUAGACAGGAUUUCCACAGAAGAAUUGCCCAAGAUGGAAUCCAAGGACCUGCAGCAGCUCUUCAAGGACGUUCUGGGUUCUGAACGAGAGCAGCCUCUGGGCUGUGGGACCCCUGGCCUAGAUGGCAGCCGGACACCGCUGCAGAGACCCUUUCUUCAAGGUGGGCUCCCUUUGGGCAGUCUCCCCUCCAACAGCCCGAUAGACUCCUAUCCAGGCCUCUGCCAGUCCCCAUUCCUGGAUUCAAGGGAGCGCGGGGGCUUCUUUAGCCCGGAACCCGGUGAGCCAGACAGCCCCUGGACGGGCUCAGGGGGUACCACACCCUCCACCCCCACCACCCCCACCACGGAGGGUGAGGGCGACGGACUCUCCUAUAACCAGCGGAGUCUUCAGCGCUGGGAGAAGGACGAGGAGUUAGGCCAGCUCUCGACCAUCUCGCCUGUGCUCUAUGCCAACAUGAACUUUCCCAAUCUCAAGCAAGAUUACCCAGACUGGUCCAGCCGAUGCAAGCAAAUCAUGAAGCUCUGGAGAAAGGUUCCAGCUGCUGACAAAGCCCCCUACCUGCAAAAGGCCAAAGAUAACCGGGCAGCCCAUCGCAUCAACAAGGUGCAAAAGCAGGCCGAGAGCCAGAUCAACAAGCAGACCAAGGUGGGCGACAUGGCCCGUAAGCCGGACCGACCGGCCCUACAGCUCCGCAUUCCCCCCCAGCCAGGGGCACUGGGCAGCCCGCCGCCUGCUGCCGCCCCCACCAUUUUCAUUGGCAGCCCCACUCCCCCCGCCGGCUUGUCUACCUCUGCGGAUGGGUUCCUGAAGCCGCCGGUGGGCGCCGUGUCCGGCCCCGACUCGCCCGGUGAGCUCUUCCUCAAGCUCCCAGCCCAGGUGCCCGCCCAAGUGCCUUCGCAGGACCCCUUCGGACUGGCCCCCGCCUACGCUCUGGAGCCCCGCUUCCCUGCAGCGCCCCCCGCCUACCCCCCCUACCCGAGUCCCACUGGGGCCCCCUCCCAGCCCUCGGCGCUGGGCACUUCAUCUCGCUCUGGGCCUGGCCAGCCAGGGGAAUUCCACGCUACUCCGCCCGGCACCCCCCGCCAGCAGCCCUCCACACCGGACCCCUUCCUCAAGCCCCGCUGCCCUUCACUGGACAACCUGGCUGUGCCCGAGAGCCCGGGGGGCGGCGGGGGCAAGACUUCGGAGCCCCUGCUGUCACCUCCGCCUUUCGGGGAGUCUCGGAAGGCUCUGGAGGUGAAGAAGGAAGAGCUUGGGGCCUCCUCUCCGAGCUACGGGGCCCCCAACCUUGGCUUUGCCGACUCGCCCUCCUCCGGCCCCCACCUGGGCAGCCUGGAGCUAAAGGCACCUGAUGUCUUCAAAGCCCCCUUGACCCCUCGGGCAUCUCAGGUAGAACCCCAGAGCCCAGGCUUGGGCUUGAGGCCCCAGGAGCCAGCGCCUGCCCAGACUUUGGCUCCUUCUCCCCCCAGCCACUCAGACAUCUUCCGCUCUGGCCCCUAUUCGGACCCCUACGCCCAGCCCCCGUCAACCCCGCGGCCCCAGCCCCCGCCCCCCGAGAACUGCUGUUCCUUGCCGCCUCGCUCGCUGCCUUCCGACCCUUUCUCCCGAGUGCCCGCCAGUCCCCAGUCCCAGUCCAGCUCCCAGUCCCCGUUGACACCCCGCCCCCUGUCUGCCGAGGCUUUCUGCCCGUCCCCCGUGACCCCUCGCUUCCAGUCCCCCGACCCUUAUUCCCGCCCCCCCUCCCGCCCUCAGUCCCGAGACCCUUUCGCCCCGCUGCAUAAGCCGCCCCGACCCCAGCCUCCCGAAGCUGCCUUUAAGGCCGGGCCUCUUGCCCACACUCCUCUGGGGGCCGGGGGCUUCCCAGCAGCCCUGCCCUCGGGGCCGGCAGGGGAGCUCCACGCCAAGGUCCCAAGUGGGCAGCCCCCCAACUUUGCCCGGUCCCCUGGGACUGGUGCGUUUGUGGGCACUCCCUCUCCCAUGCGCUUCACUUUCCCUCAGGCGGUCGGGGACCCCUCCUUAAAGCCCCCUGUCUCUCAGCCUGGCCUUCCUCCCCCCCAUGGGAUCAACAGCCAUUUUGGGCCCGGCCCUACCUUGGGCAAGCCUCAAAGCACAAACUACGCAGUAGCCACAGGGAACUUCCACCCAUCGGGGAGCCCCCUGGGACCCAGCCCCGGAUCCACGGGAGAGGGCUACGGGCUGUCCCCACUGCGACCCCCGUCAGUCCUCCCCUCUGCGCCCGACGGCUCCCUCCCCUACCUGUCCCACGGGGCCACGCAGCGGGUGGGCAUCGCCUCUCCGGCCGACAAGCGAGAAGACCCGGGGGCUGGAAUGAGCAGCUCUUUGGUUGCCCCUGAACUUGGCGGCACCCAGGAGCCAGGCCUGUCCAGCCUUAGCCAGACAGAGCUGGAGAAGCAGCGACAGCGCCAGCGGCUCCGGGAGCUGCUGAUUCGGCAGCAGAUUCAGCGCAACACCCUGCGGCAGGAGAAGGAGACAGCUGCAGCAGCUGCAGGAGCAGUGGGGCCCCCGAGCAGCUGGGGUGCUGAGACGAGCAGCCCUGCCUUUGAGCAGCUGAAUCGAGGCCAGACCCCCUUCCCUGGGACCCAGGACAAGAACAGUCUCGCAGGCUUGCCCCCAAGCAAACUGGGCGGCCCCACCAUCCUGGGGCCUGGGGCUUUUCCCACUGAUGAGCGGCUCUCCCGACCACCCCCACCAGCCACCCCUUCCGCUCUGGAUGUGAACAACCGGCAACUGGUGGGAGGCUCCCAGGCCUUCUACCAGCGAGCGCCCUACCCCGGGCCCCUGCCCUUGCAGCAGCAGCAGCAGCUGUGGCAGCAGCAGCAGCAGCAGCAGCAGCAGGCGCAGCAGCAGGCCACGGCAGCCACCUCCAUGCGACUCGCCAUGUCCGCUCGCUUCCCGUCAGCUCCUGCACCUGAACUUGGCCGCCAGGCCCUUGGUUCCCCCUUGGCGGGCAUCCCCGCUCGUCUGCCUGGCCCUGGAGAGCCGGUGCCCGGCCCCGCUGGUCCUGCCCAGUUCAUUGAGUUGCGACACAAUGUACAGAAAGGACUAGGGCCUGGGGGUGCUCCGUUCCCUGGCCAGGGCCCCCCUCAGAGAUCCCGUUUUUACCCUGUGAGUGAGGAUUCCCACCGCCUGGCUCCUGAAGGGCUUCGCGGCCUGGCUGUGUCGGGCCUUCCACCACAGAAGCCUUCAGCCCCGCCAGCCCCUGAACUGAACAGCCUCCAUCCAGCGCCCCACACCAAGGGCCCCACCCUGCCAGCUGGCUUGGAGCUGGUCGGCCGGCCCCCGUCGAGGACUGAGCUCAGCCGCCCGCCUCCUCUGGCCCUGGAAGCCGGGAAGUUGCCCUGCGAGGAUCCCGAGCUGGACGACGACUUUGAUGCCCACAAGGCCCUGGAGGACGACGAGGAGCUGGCCCACCUGGGCCUGGGCGUGGACGUGGCCAAGGGAGACGAUGAGCUGGGCACCCUGGAGAACCUGGAGACGAACGACCCCCACUUAGACGACCUGCUCAAUGGGGAUGAGUUUGACCUGUUGGCCUACACUGACCCAGAGCUGGACACGGGGGACAAGAAGGACACCUUCAACGAGCACCUGAGGCUGGUGGAGUCGGCCAACGAAAAGGCCGAGCGGGAGGCCCUCCUGCGGGGUGUGGAGCCGGGGCCCUUGGGCCCUGAGGAACGCCCACCCCCAGCUGCCGAUGCCUCCGAGCCCCGUCUGGCAUCAGUGCUCCCUGAGGUGAAGCCCAAGGUGGAGGAGAGUGGGCGCCACCCUUCCCCUUGCCAGUUUACCAUUAAUACCCCCAAGGCUGAGCCAGCACCUGCUACCACCCCUCUAGGCCUGGGACUGAAACCAGGACAGAGUGUGUUAGGCAGUCGGGAUGCUCGCAUGGGCCCAGGGCCCUUUCCCAGCAGUGGACAGACAGCUGAGAAGGGCCCCUUUGGUGCCACAGGAGGACCACCAGGUCAUCUGCUGACCCCCAGCCCACUGAGUGGCCCUGGAGGGUCCUUGCUGGAAAAGUUUGAGCUAGAGAGUGGGGCUCUGUCCUUGCCUGGUGGACAUACAGCCUCCGGGGAUGAACUGGACAAGAUGGAGAGCUCCCUUGUCGCCAGCGAGUUACCCCUGCUCAUUGAGGACUUGCUGGAGCACGAGAAGAAAGAGCUGCAGAAGAAGCAGCAACUCUCUGCGAAACUCCAUCCUGCCCAGCAGCAGCAGCCGCAGCCGCCGCCGCCGCAGCCGCAGCCGCAGCCGCAGCAACACUCACUGCUGUCCACGCCUGGUCCUUCCCAGACCAUGGCUCUGCCACACGAAGGCUCUUCGCCCGGUUUGGCUGGGCCCCAGCAGCAGCUCGCCUUGGGACUUGGAGGUUCCCGACAGCCAGGCCUGACCCAGCCUCUGAUGCCCACCCAGCCACCAGCUCAUGCCCUCCAGCAGCGUCUGGCCCCGUCCAUGCCUAUGGUUUCCAACCAAGGGCAUAUGUUAAGUGGGCAGCAUGGAGGGCAGGCGGGCUUGGUGCCUCAGCAGAGCUCCCAGCCAGUGUUGGCGCAGAAGCCCAUGGGUGCUAUGCCACCUUCUAUGUGCAUGAAACCUCAACAACUGGCAAUGCAGCAGCAGCUGGCCAACAGCUUCUUCCCAGAUACAGACCUGGACAAAUUUGCUGCAGAAGAUAUCAUUGAUCCCAUUGCAAAGGCCAAAAUGGUAGCUUUGAAAGGCAUCAAGAAGGUGAUGGCUCAGGGCAGCAUUGGUGUGGCACCUGGCAUGAACAGGCAGCAAGUGUCCCUACUCGCCCAGAGAUUGUCAGGGGGGCCAGGUGGUGAUCUGCAGAACCAUGUGGCAGCUGGGAGCGGCCAGGAUCGGAGUUCCGGUGACCCCUCCCAGCCUCGUCCCAAUCCACCCACUUUUGCCCAGGGAGUGAUCAAUGAGGCUGACCAGCGGCAGUAUGAGGAGUGGCUCUUCCAUACCCAGCAGCUCCUACAGAUGCAGCUGAAGGUGCUGGAGGAGCAGAUCGGAGUGCACCGCAAGUCCCGGAAGGCACUGUGUGCCAAGCAGCGAACUGCCAAAAAGGCUGGCCGUGAGUUCCCAGAGGCCGAUGCUGAGAAACUCAAGCUGGUUACAGAGCAGCAGAGCAAGAUCCAGAAACAGCUGGAUCAGGUCCGGAAGCAGCAGAAGGAGCACACUAAUCUCAUGGCAGAAUAUCGAAAUAAACAGCAGCAGCAGCAGCAGCAGCAGCAGCAGCAGCAGCACUCGGCUGUGCUGGCCCUGAGUCCUUCUCAGAGUCCCCGGCUGCUCACCAAGCUCCCCGGUCAGCUGCUUCCUGGCCAUGGGCUGCAGCCACCUCAGGGGCCCCCUGGUGGGCAAGCUGGAGGUCUCCGCCUGCCACCAGGCGGCAUGACCCUGCCUGGGCAGACCGGUGGUCCUUUCCUCAACACGGCCCUAGCCCAGCAGCAGCAACAGCAACAUUCUGGUGGGGCUGGGGCCCUGGCUGGCCCCUCCGGGGGCUUUUUCCCUGGCAACCUUGCUCUCCGAGGCCUUGGACCUGAUUCCAGGCUCUUACAGGAGAGGCAGCUGCAGCUGCAGCAGCAGCGGAUGCAGCUGGCCCAGAAAUUGCAGCAGCAGCAGCAGCAGCAGCAGCAGCAGCAGCAGCACCUCCUAGGACAGGUGGCGAUCCAGCAGCAACAGCAGCAGGGCCCUGGGGUUCAGGUGAACCAGGCUCUGGGUCCCAAGCCCCAGGGGCUUCUGCCUCCCAGCAGCCACCAGGGCCUUUUGGUCCAGCAGCUGUCCCCCCAGCCACACCAGGGCUCCCAGGGCAUGCUGGGCCCUGCUCAGGUAGCGGUGUUGCAGCAGCAGCAGCAGCAGCAGCACCCUGGAGCUCUGGGCUCCCAGGGGCCUCACAGACAGGUGCUUCUGACCCAGUCCCGGGUGCUGAGUUCCCCCCAGCUGGCACAGCAGGGUCAGGGCCUUAUGGGACACCGACUGGUCACAGCUCAGCAACAGCAGCAACACCAACAGCAGGGCUCCAUGGCAGGACUCUCCCACCUUCAGCAGGGGCUCAUGCCGCACAGUGCUCCACCAAAACUGAGUGCCCAGCCGAUGGGCUCCUUGCAGCAGCAGCAGUUGCAGCAGCAGCAGUUGCAACAACAGCUGCAGCAGCAGCAGCUCCAGCAGCAGCAGCUUCAGCAGCAACAGCAGCUGCUCCAGCAGCAGCAGAUCCAGCAGCAGCAGCUCCAGCAACAUCAACAACAUCAGCAGCAGCAGCAGCAACAACAGCUCCAGCUGCAACAGCAGCAGCUGCAGCAGCAACAACAGCUCCAGCUGCAGCAGCAGCAACAGCAGCUGCAGCAGCAGCAGCAGCUACAACAGCAACAGUUUCAACAACAGCAGCAGCUGGGCCUCUUGAGCCAGAGUCGAACAUUACUGUCUCCGCAGCAGCAGCAGCAGCCGCCGCCGCAGCCGCAGCCGCAGGUGACUCUUGGGCCUGCCAUGCCAGCCAAACCUCUUCAACACUUUUCAAGCCCCGGCGCCCUGGGCCCAGCCCUCCUCCUCGCGGGCAAGGAACAAAGCCUGGGAGAGACGGCCCUUCCUCCUGAGGCCACAGAGGGGCCCUCCGCUCACCAGGGAGGGCCGUUAGCAAUGGGGACUCUUCCUGAGUCCGUGGCCACUGAGCCAGGGGAGGUCAAAUCCUCACUCUCCGGGGACCCACAACUCCUGCUCGUCCAGCCCCAGGCCCAGCCUCAGCCCAACUCUGUCCCGCUGCAGCCGCCUCUGAGGCUCCCGGGACAGCAGCAGCAGCAGGUUAACGUGCUCCACUCAGCAGGUGUGGGAAGUCAUGGGCCACCGGGCAGUGGAUCAUCUGAGGUCUCAUCUGUGCCCCACCUGUUGGCCCAGUCCUCCGUGUGCAUCGGGGAACAGCCUGGGCCUGUGACCCAGAACCUCCUGGGUUCCCAGCAGCCCAUCGGACUAGAGCGGCCUGUGCAAAAUAACGCAGGACCACCGCCUGCCAAACCAGGACCUGUCCCACAGGGCCUGCCUGGGGCUGGAGUCACACCCACAGUGGGGCAACUCCGAGCACAGCUCCAAGGAGUCCUGGCCAAAAACCCGCAGCUGCGGCACCUGAGUCAGCAGCAGCAGCAGCAGCUCCAGGUCCUCCUCAUGCAGCGGCAGCUGCAGCAGGGGCAGCCCGUCCGCCAGACCCCACCCUAUCAGGAGCCUGGGGCUCAGUCCUCUCCCCUCCAGGGCCUCUUAGGCCGCCAACCCCAGCUUGGGGGCUUCCCUGGAUCCCAGACAGGUCCCCUCCAGGAGCUCGGGGCAGGGCUUCGACCCCAGGGCCCUCCCCGGCUCCCCACCCCACAAGGAGCCUUAUCGACAGGACCAGUCCUUGGGACUGGCCAUCCUCCACCUCCACCUUCCAGCCCCCAAGAGCCAAAGAGAUCUUCCUCGCAAUUACCUUCCCCCGGUUCCCAGCUCCCCUUGGAAGCCCAGCUCACCCCCACCCAACCAGGGACCCCGAAGCCCCAGGGACCACCCUUGGAGCUACCUCCUGGGCGGGUCUCGCCUGCUGCUGCCCAGCUUGCAGAUACCUUCUUUGGCAAGGGUUUGGGACCUUGGGAUCCUCCAGACAACCUCACGGAAGCCCAGAAGCCGGAGCAGAGCAGUCUGGUACCCGGGCCCCCGGAGCCGGUGAAUGGACAGGUGGUACCUGAGUCGCCCCAUCUCAGCAUCAAGCAGGAGCCUCGGGAAGAGCCAUGUGUCCUGGGAUCCCAGGCGGUGAAGAGAGAGGCCAACGGGGAGCCAGUCGGGGCAGCAGGCACCAGCAACCACCUCCUGCUGGCAGGCUCCCGCUCGGAAGCCGGCCAUCUGCUCUUGCAGAAACUUCUCCGGGCAAAGAACGUGCAACUCAGCACUGGGCCCCGGGGCCCUGAGGGGCUGCGAGCGGAAAUCAACGGUCACAUUGACAGCAAACUGGCAGGGCUGGAACAGAAACUACAGGGUACCCCCAACAGUAAGGAGGACACAGCAGCCAGGAAGCCUUUGACACUGAAGCCCAAGCGGGUGCAGAAGGCGAGCGACAGGUUGGUGAGCUCCCGAAAGAAGCUGCGGAAGGAGGACGGGGUCAGGGCCAACGAGGCCCUGCUGAGACAGCUGAAACAGGAGCUGUCCCUGCUGCCCCUAACGGAGCCGACCAUCACGGCCAAUUUUAGCCUCUUUGCUCCCUUUGGCAGCGGCUGUCCAGUCAAUGGGCAGUGCCAGCUGAGGGGGGCCUUUGGAAGUGGCGUGCUGCCCACUGGCCCUGACUACUAUUCCCAGCUGCUUACCAAGAAUAACCUGAGUAACCCGCCGACACCACCUUCGUCGCUGCCUCCCACCCCACCCCCAUCGGUGCAGCAGAAGAUGGUAAAUGGUGUCACUGCAUCUGAAGACCUAGGGGAGCAGCCCAAGGAUGCCGCCUCUGCCCGCGACACUGAAGGGACACUAAGGGAUGCUUCAGAGGUGAAGAGUCUAGACCUGCUGGCUGCCUUGCCGACACCUCCUCACAAUCAGACCGAGGAUGUCAGGAUGGAGAGUGAUGAGGACAGUGACUCUCCCGACAGCAUUGUGCCAGCGUCAUCCCCCGAGAGCAUCCUGGGGGAGGAGACCCCUCGUUUCCCCCACUUGGGCUCUGGCCGGUGGGAGCAGGACGAUCGGGCGCUCUCCCCCGUCAUCCCCAUCAUUCCUCGGGCCAGCAUCCCCGUCUUCCCAGAUACCAAACCUUACGGGGUCCUGGAUCUGGAUGUCCCUGGAAAGCUGCCUGCCACGCCUUGGGAAAAGGGCAAAGGAAGUGAGGUGUCGGUCAUGCUGACGGUCUCUGCCGCUGCUGCCAAGAACCUGAACGGUGUGAUGGUAGCAGUGGCCGAGCUGCUGAGUAUGAAGAUCCCCAACUCCUACGAGGUGCUGUUCCCAGAGAGCCCCGCCCGGGCAGGCAUUGAGCCUAAGAAAGGGGAAGCAGAGGGCCCUGGCGGGAAAGAAAAGGGCCUGGGAGGCAAGAACUCGGAGGCCGGCCCUGAUUGGCUGAAGCAGUUUGAUGCAGUGUUGCCUGGCUAUACCCUCAAGAGCCAGCUCGACAUCCUAAGCCUCCUGAAACAGGAGAGUCCCGUCCCCGAGCCGCCCACCCAGCACAGCUACACCUACAACGUCUCGAAUCUGGACGUGCGGCAGCUCUCCGCCCCGCCUCCGGAAGAGCCCUCCCCGCCCCCGUCCCCUUUGGUACCUUCCCCUGCCAGCCCCCCCGCCGAGCCCCUCGUGGAACUCCCGCCCGAACCCUCGGCUGAGCCAUCGGUCCCCUCUCCCCUGCCGCUGGCCUCGUCUCCUGAAGCAGCCCGGCCCAAGCCCCGCGCCCGGCCCCCCGAAGAGGGCGAAGACUCGCGCCCCCCUCGCCUCAAAAAGUGGAAGGGGGUCCGCUGGAAGCGACUGCGGCUGCUCCUGACCAUCCAGAAGGGGGGGCGGCAGGAGGACGAGCGGGAGGUGGCCGAGUUCAUGGACCAGCUCGGCACAGCCCUGCGCCCGGACAAGGUGCCUCGAGACAUGCGACGCUGCUGCUUCUGCCACGAGGAGGGCGACGGGGCCACCGACGGGCCUGCUCGCCUGCUGAACCUGGACCUGGACCUGUGGGUGCACCUCAACUGCGCCUUGUGGUCCACAGAGGUCUACGAGACCCAGGGCGGGGCCCUGAUGAACGUGGAGGUGGCGCUGCACCGGGGGCUGCUGACCAAGUGCUCCCUGUGCCAGCGCACGGGCGCCACCAGCAGCUGCAACCGAAUGCGUUGCCCCAACGUCUACCACUUCGCCUGCGCCAUCCGCGCCAAGUGCAUGUUCUUCAAGGACAAGACCAUGCUCUGCCCGAUGCACAAGAUCAAGGGGCCCUGUGAGCAGGAGCUGAGCUCCUUUGCGGUCUUCCGCCGGGUCUACAUCGAGCGGGACGAGGUGAAGCAGAUCGCCAGCAUCAUCCAGCGCGGGGAGCGGCUGCACAUGUUCCGCGUGGGGGGCCUGGUGUUCCAUGCCAUCGGACAGCUGCUCCCCCACCAGAUGGCCGACUUCCACAGCGCCACGGCCCUUUAUCCUGUGGGCUACGAGGCCACGCGCAUCUACUGGAGCCUCCGCACCAACAACCGCCGCUGCUGCUACCGCUGCUCCAUCGGGGAGAACAACGGGCGGCCGGAGUUUGUCAUCCGAGUCACUGAGCAGGGCCUGGAGGACCUGAUCUUCACCGACGCCUCUCCUCAGGCUGUGUGGAAUCGCAUCAUUGAGCCCGUGGCUGCCAUGAGGAAAGAGGCUGACAUGUUGCGACUCUUCCCGGAGUACCUGAAGGGCGAGGAGCUCUUCGGAUUGACGGUGCACGCCGUGCUUCGCAUAGCUGAAUCACUGCCCGGAGUGGAGAGCUGUCAGAACUAUUUAUUCCGCUAUGGACGCCACCCCUUGAUGGAGCUGCCACUCAUGAUCAACCCCACUGGCUGUGCCCGAUCAGAGCCUAAAAUCCUCACACACUACAAACGGCCCCACACCCUGAACAGCACCAGCAUGUCCAAGGCCUAUCAGAGCACCUUCACAGGCGAGACCAACACCCCAUACAGCAAGCAGUUUGUGCACUCCAAGUCAUCUCAGUACCGGCGACUGCGCACCGAGUGGAAGAACAACGUUUACCUGGCUCGAUCCCGCAUCCAAGGCCUGGGGCUCUAUGCGGCCAAGGACCUCGAAAAGCACACGAUGGUCAUUGAGUACAUUGGCACCAUCAUUCGCAACGAGGUAGCCAACCGGAGGGAGAAAAUCUACGAGGAGCAGAAUCGAGGCAUCUACAUGUUCCGAAUAAACAAUGAGCAUGUGAUUGAUGCUACGUUGACCGGAGGCCCCGCCAGGUACAUCAACCAUUCCUGUGCGCCUAACUGCGUGGCAGAAGUUGUGACGUUUGACAAGGAGGAUAAAAUCAUCAUCAUCUCCAGUCGGCGAAUCCCCAAAGGAGAGGAGCUGACCUAUGACUAUCAGUUUGACUUUGAGGACGAUCAGCACAAGAUCCCCUGCCACUGUGGAGCCUGGAAUUGCCGGAAAUGGAUGAACUAAGAAGCUUUUGAGGCUACCAGGCAGGGGCGUCCCCCCACCCCCCACCUCUUCCCUGAAAGGGAUGAAGGGGAAGAGAGCUAGCAGCCAGAGCCAGGACCCAGGGCGGGGGCUGCCGGCUGACCGGAGCCCCCGGAGCAGGAGGCCCGGGCAAAGGUCCCUCGGCCAAGCCCACCCUGGGCACCAGGGAUAACCCUCUUCCCCGCCACCGGCCCCCAGGCUGGCAUCUCUGCCCCCAGAUCCAGACGGGGCCAGACAGAAGCAGCCAUUGGGCAUCUCAGGUUUGAGGGGGAUAUGGGCCGGGAACUACCCAGACGCAUCUGGGAGGCAGCAGGGACGGGGGAGGAGGAUGUGUGGCUGGGCCUCACAGCCCUGCUGCUCCCAACGACCUCUCCGGCCCAACUCGAGGCUGCAAAGAGACUUGACUAAGCUUGACAAUCCCAAAGGCCGGGCUCACACCUGGCCCUGCCUGCCGGGUCCUGCCCCCACCCUCACCCCCAGCCCCCCCCAAUCUGUCUCUGUCUCCCUCUUCUCCUCUGUGUUUCCGUCUCUCUAUGGGUUGUGUUUCCUUGUUUUCCACUCUGACAAAUGCAACACGAACGGGAAAGAGGCGUCCAGCUGUCCAGGAGGGCAAGCUAGGCAAGCCGGGCAAGGAGACCCCGCACCCACACCUACCUCAUUUAAGUGUUGGAUUUUUUGCUGUUUUGAAAUGUGAGACCCUCUCCAAGCCCCCUACUGCCCCCAACCCUCUCACCCACCUCACUGCCCUCUCCUGAGUGGGUGGAAGGGGGUAGGAGGAGGAAGAAGAAACAACAAGGAAAACCCAUCUUGGUUUUUCAUUCUGGGCAUGGGAUGGUGGUCGAGGCUAAUGGUGAAGAUUGGGGAUAACUGGCCCCUAGUUGUUCUAGGACUCCUUCUCCAUCUGGACAUGGGGCGGGAGGGUGUGCUGACCCGAAGACCAGGCUGUCUUCCUCCUGUUUGCCCUACCCCAUCCUGCGCCUGCUCGGCCCGGCCCCUAGACGGGGCGGGCGGCGGCAGGGCAAGGGCUGUCCCUGAGUGGCUGCCAUACCCAGCGAGGCGGAGUGUGGUCCGGAGCUCCCGCUUGCCCUCGGUCACCAAACUGCUGCUGGUCUGGUGGGAAGGGGUGGUGAUGUGGGGGUGGGGGAGCUUAGUGUCAGCGCGGGGAGGGUGGGGGGUAUUUAUCUAUUUAUACAUGGGAUUGUACAUAGUCUUGUGGGGCAUGGGGGAGCCGGCAGGAGGUGAGAACCCUCCCCUCUCCCCCACCCCCGGGGAGAGCAAAUGUAAAACUACUAAUUUUUGUGCUUUAUAUAUUCUAUAUAAAUAUAUCUAUUUUCUUUUUACAAAACCAGUUUAUAAAUGGUAGGGGGGCUUGGGGCGGAUACGUGGAGCUCCCCUUGUGGGGGGGCCCCCUCCAUUACCCAACCUACCGCCCUUCUCCUCACCCCCCCUGGCUGUGACUGCUGUAAAGUGGGGGCACAGAGGCGGGCAGUCCCCACCCCCUGUUGUAUAGUUGGACUCUGUGAUAACGCACAAAAGUGAGCUGGCCCAGGGGGCCCGGAGGGUGCUGGGUUCCCCGCCUCCCUUUCCUUCCCCUUUCUGCCCAAGCUUGUGCUGCAGUUGAACCUCUUCCUGGGGAUAGGGGUAGGUGGGGGGCGGGGAGGCCCCAGAUCCCUCUCUGGGAGGGAACCUGGGGACGGAGAUAAAGCUUAUAUGCAGUUCUCGCCUAGGGGCUGUGGGCAAGGGGCAUUUUGUAAUUACUAUUUUCAAGAAUCAAAUGUCGGGAGUGUAGGGGUGGGCUCGGUGGCAGUGGACGGGCAGACCUGCUGGAGGGGAAGUGUGGUCGCUGUUGUGAUUUUAGGUUUAUUUUUUGUUUUUGAACUUGGGGGUUGCGGAUCGAUGGGGGUAGGGAGUUUUUUUUUUUUAAGCUGCUUCCUCAACUGUUUCAAGCUGCAAAUGUUUAAGAGCAUAACAUCCCCCACCCCCGCCCCUCAGAAGCCACUGUAAUCCAAGCCGACAGUGGGGGGACUGGGCUGCUGCCCCUGAAGCCGGUGUGUGUUCCUUUUCCAAGAGCAGAGGGUCUAGGCUACAGGGAUAGGCGGCGGCUGGCUCAUUGGAGUCAGGAUCUGGUCGGGCUCCGGCCUGGGAUUGGAAACGGGGGAUGGGGCGGACUUUGUAAGCAUAUGCUAGGUAUCCCAUAGGCCUGUAGAACUUAGUGAAGAAACCUUAUACAGUUUUUAAUUUUUAUAUAAACUAACUCAGACCCAAGCUACAAGGUUGGAUUUCGGUUGUUGGUUGGUUUUGUUUUUGUUUUGUUUCGUUCUUCGAGUAUCCCGCCUGUAUAAUCGCAUCAGAACACCCCGCCCCCGUGUCUGUCUUUUGGGUUGGUUUACACUUGCACAUACUCCGUUUUCAGUUUCCCCCUUACGGUCUUCUCCCCCUUCACCUCCAGGACCCUGCCCCCUUUUUAAAAAAUAAAUCGCUGACAAGUGUGAAUCCCGUGAAGACUUUAUUUUGUGUCGUGUGUAUCCUGUACAGCAAGGUUGGUCCUCGUAACAGCGGAUGAAAUGACCUUUUUUAAAGCGCCCCCGCCCAGCGCCCCCGUCCUUGGCAUGUUUUGUAUCGGCGAUCGAUCUGAAUUGUACAUAGCCCGUGUCGCAAGAGGCAAAGGGCAAGUUUUGGAUUUUGCUUCUUCCCCGUUUGUUUUUAAACGACAAAUAAAAAAAGAACAUUUUAA